AGCCCAGGUGCUCUCAAUACAUACGGUUCCGGUGAGCGCCGCUUGAGGAACGGAAAGUGAGGCGCGAUCUUUUCGAAUACCGGUCUCCUACGCACACCGCGACUAUCUUUUUUCUUUGUGUAUGGAGGUGUCGUGUGCGGGUUCUCCCCACCAUCAGCAUCUGCCUGCUUCGCUGGUUCGUUAGCCAUUCAACAUUGAACACCACGAACACGGAGAUGAGCGAGGUCGAGUUUCUGCUUGCGCUCCCGACGCCUGUGGAGGGCAUCGAGCGGUACAUCUCUCGCGACAACACGCUGGCCCUCUCGGUCGAGUCCGCCGCCGACCUCGCCCACCGCUACUACGCGGCAGUCCAGCAACACCUACGCAGCGCCGCGCCGCACGUGGAGGGGGACGUCAUUCCCGCACUUGCCUUUGCGCUGCGCCUCUUCAACGCAGAAAACUUCAGCGGUGAGCUCACCCCAGCUGAGCGUACCCGCCACGCACACGUGUUACGUCACUUUGGCGGUGUGGUGGAGAAGGGCUACGUAGGUCCGGAGGAGGAGGAGGAGAGCAGUGAGGCGCAGCGGAAGAACGGAAAUGAGAACGAAGAAGAGGAGGAGGAGGGAGCAGCGGCGGCUGCAAGGGCGAAGACGACGCAGACAGGCACCAGCGUCUCUGCGAAGACGUCUGCGGCGGCACGCGAGAAGCUGCAGGAUUUGUUUCUGCAGCGUCUGUUGACGACCGACGGCGAGAUGCCUGUAUCGGUGAUGCGUCUGCCUGGUCUGCUGCUGUGCAUCCUGGGCAUCGCCAAGGCCGAGGUCGAGGCGGGCGUUCCACUGAUCCCCUUCACAUCGCUGUGGCGCCUCCGUUCUCUCUUUCGCCAUCAACUCUGCCUGUCGCACCGCUCCAACACGAUCUUCGUAGCCCUUGCCGACUGCGUGGACGCCAUCUUGCGCCUUCCUACCGAGGAGCAGACGGUGGAGGCGCUGCUCGAAGUGGGUCACGUCCAGGGCUACUACCACCGCCGUGAUCUCGCCAAGGAGAGCUUCGACGCCGCGCGGCGCAUCAGCGGACUGACGCUGGAGGAGACGUCGAUGAUGGGCGUACGCACUCGGUGGCAGCAGCAUCAGCAGGUGCAAAUGGUGCUGGAUGCGAAGAGCAGCCGGCCGGUGCCGCCGGCGUCGACACAGGAGGAGCAGCCGAAGACGGUGAUGUCAGAAAAGGACGGGCACGAUUUGCUUGAUCGCCCGCGGGAAUCACCCGAGACCGCCACCUCGUCGCUUUCGCCGCUGCACCCGGAGGACAAAGCGAUCCUGCUGGCGCUCUGCAUGGACAUCCGCAACAACAAUCCCGACUACGGCUUCACGCACCACCACAUGAUGAUCUACAUUGAGCGCCUGUUGGCGGAUCCGGCCCCCUCGCCUUUCGUGCUGCGCUGCCAGACGCUGCUCAUGCGGGCCCGACUGGAGGCCCAUCGUAACCGAGUGCAGGAGCGCGCCUUCAUGCAGCUGACAGAGCUGUUGGACCAGUACUCUGCGCGCCGCGAUCCCCUGCACGAGACCUUCGCGCGCACGAACAGUCCCUACUUCUACAGCGUCGCCUUCCCGCCUAUCUGGGCACUGAAGCGCGAGUACGCCGACUUCUGCUUCGACGCGACCCUCUUCAAGACCGCCCUGGACGUGUACGAGCAGAUACUGGACUGGGAGAAGAUCAUGGAGUGCUGCGGGAAACUCGAUAAGCGGCGCCGUGCGGAGAGUCUGGCGCGGGAGCUGCUGGAGAAGGAUCCACAGAACCCGAUGCUGUGGGUCGCGCUUGGUGAGGCGACGCACAACGACGCGCAUCUGUGGAAAGCCUGGGAGCUGUGCGGCCAUAAGAUGGCGGCCCCGAUGCGAGCCCUCGCCCGCCUGGCGCUGGCGCGCGAGCACUUCGAUAAGGUCGUCGAGUACUUUGACGAGGCGGUCCGCGUGAACCCGGUCUUUGGUGGCGACUGGUUCACCCUGGGCUACGCCUCACUGCGGCUGAAGAACUUCCAGCGCGGCGGGGAGGCCUUCACGCGGGUCUGUCAGAUUGACCCGGGCGACGCCUUCGGGUGGAACAACCUCGCCUCCAUCAUGCUGCGUGAGCGGAAGCUGCGCCCCGCCUUCAACGCGAUGAGCCAGGCCAUCCGCAACAACCGCCGCGACUGGAGGAUGUGGCAGAACUACUUCCGAAUCGGGUGCGAGCUGAAGGAGGUGGCGGAGACGACGAAUGCGCUGCGCAUCGCGCUCGACAUCGCGCAGCGCCACAUCCAACUCGAGCGCGGCACGCUGGAGCUCUUCGUGGACAACACGAUCGCGUACUUAAGGGGUGAGAUCGACGGCACCUCUGCGGAUGCCGUGGAGGUGGAUGGCGCGAAGGCUGACGCGCUCGUGUACCGCAGCCUGGGCGUUUUGCCGUCUGAGGAGGACAUCCACCACGUCCCCGUAGCGCAGUCCAUCGCCGCGGCAGUCGCCGACGGCGAGGGAGAGGGCGGGGAGGAGGAAGAGGGAGCAGAGGACUGGGCUGGUCUGGUGCCCUUUGGGGCGGAGGUGGCGCUGCCGGACUCCGCCGCCUGGGGCAGUCGCAGUGCCCACGACACGGCCGAGCACGCCGCCCUUUUAGAGGGCAUCCGUCGCCGUCACGCAGACCGCGUGCGGGCCCUCUUCGCCACCAUCCUCGCGCUCUUCGUGAGCGACCCCGACAUCUACGCGUGCGCGGCAAAGCUCUUCCGUUUUAUGGAUGGCCCGAUGGAGUCCCUCCGCUACCACCAGAAGGAAUUGCGUGCCUGUCAACAGAAGGAUCAGUGGUCGAGGGAGGACGCCCUCUUCACCCGCACCGUCGAGGCGCUCGAGGGGAUGUCGCAGGACCUAUUCGAUGCUUCUGUGGCGGCGCAGGAGGGAGACGCGGCGCAUGUGCCGUUUACGCAGGCGGCGACCGCUCUUCCCCCCACCACGCCACCACCAGCUCCUGCUGCGGAUCAGCAAGAUAGCGGUGCUGGUGCUGCUGCAGCGGCUUCCGCUGUUGCACCUGCUGGUGCGGUGGGUGCGACGUCGGUGCCGACACCGUUGAGGGGCGAGGCCCUCCAACAGGCCAUCGUGGACGGUUUCAAGGAGUUGCAGACGAACAUCAAAGGCGCCUUGGACGCGGCGGAGGAGCACAUGGCGGGACACGCGAGCUACCAACGGCUGCGUGAGCUCGCGGCGCGUGUGCGGUGCGGUGUACAGGAGGCGAAGGCAGCCUUCGUAUAG